AUGUGGUUCACAACGCGCCAAGAGGGCCUCGAUGACCCCAGACCGGCCAUGCGCGGGCCCUGCCUCGAUCUGCCUACAACCGUUUUCUGCGGCGGAGUUGGAGGCAACAGCUUUUUGCUGCGAGGAGGGUUUCUGCUGCAGCUCUUCUCUCUCACGGGCCUCUUCAUAUCGUACUGGGCGUCAGGGGGCGCUGGCCUCUUUGGCUACGAAUUGCAGGGUAUGAACGAGGCCGCAAGGAGUUCUGAGGGCCUCCAUACGGCCCUUGCCUUCUUUUCGGGUCUUUAUAUGUUAGGUGCUGCUUAUCUGGUUUGCUUCCAAGCCAUUGCGGCAGAUGACGCCUGCUGGGCAAGGGGUUACCGUUCGGGCAGCAAGGUUCUUCGUCUGGCGACUUUCUUGGAUUUGCUGAGCAGCGUGAUGCAGUUUAUCUUCUUCUUGUACAUCGCCAAGUUUUACAAACCCAAGUGGUAUUUGCAAUUCAAGGAAGGGGGACCCGAGUGUCUCUUCUUCUCUUAUAUCCGUUGUUUGCAUGCUGUCUGCCUCGCGUUGUACGGGGCCGCGACUUAUCUUUUGGAGGUUUACCACGAUGAAGGCGCUGGAGAUCUGCAUGCGUACAUUAACUCCGCCCUUUUCGGUCUCGCAUCGCUUGUUGAGUUUUGCGUGCUGUUCGUCCCUGUGGGUGGGGCGUCUGCGUUGACAAUUUGGCUGGCGUUGCUGGCAGCUGCUAUUUGGGCCGUAUUCUUCGAACCAGAGGUCAACAACGUGUCUCCUGCACUGCACGAGACCGAGUUAACCAACGAUGUCGAGCAGCAGGUGGAAAAAUUUGCGCGUCUGUCUCCCUACUACCCUUCAGGAGACCCCAGCGGCCUGCAGCAGCAGCAGCAAGCUUCACCCUCUCCCCACGCCAGCUUCUCCCAAGCCCCCAGCCAGCAGUUUCUCCCCCAGGCCUCAGUUGUCGCCCAAGCCUAUGAAACGGAGGGCCGACAGCGAAGCUGA